AUGGCAAGAUUAAUAGAUAUUUUAAGAAAAUUUGUUAAAUUUAUUGGUCCAGGUAUUAUGGUCAGUGUUGCCUACAUGGACCCUGGUAAUUACUCUACCAGUGUCUCAGGUGGUGCUCAAUACAAAUAUACAUUAUUAUUCUCCAUCUUUAUUUCAAAUAUAUUCGCAGUUUUACUUCAAUGUUUAUGUGUUAAACUAGGUACAGUAACAGGAUAUGAUUUGGCUGAAAAUUGUCGUCGUAACCUGCCAAAGAGAAUAAACAUCAUACUAUAUAUUUUUGCAGAAAUUGCAAUCAUCGCUACCGAUUUAGCUGAAGUUGUGGGUACAGCUAUUGCAUUGAAAAUUUUAUUUAAUAUACCUUUGAUAUGGGGUGUGGUUUUGACUGUAUUGGACGUUUUGUUGAUUUUAAUGUUUUAUAACCCAGAGGGCCACUCUAUGAAAAAAGUAAGAGCAUUUGAAUUAUUCGUCAGCAUUCUAGUAGCAUGUACUGUCAUCUGUUUCUUCUUAGAGUUACUUGAAAUCUCAAUCCCUGAUAAAGUCGAGUUAUUGAAGGGAUUUUUACCUUCUAAAAUCAUAUUUAAAGAACAACAAGCCCUUUACAUAUCCUUAGGUAUAUUGGGUGCCACUGUUAUGCCACAUUCUUUAUACCUUGGCUCUUCAGUUGUUAAGCCAAGAUUAAACGAGUACGAUUUACAGACUUAUGGUAAAAUUGGUUCUCGUCCAAGUUUAGGUGCAAUUAAAUAUUCAUUACAUUAUUCAUAUGCUGAAUUGAUCAUUUCACUGUUCUUAAUUGCCACAUUUGUCAAUUCAGCUAUUCUUAUCGUUGCAGGCGCAACAUUAUUUGGCCAACCUGAAGCAGAAGAUGCUGAUUUACUAUCAAUUUACAAUCUAUUAGUACGUUAUGUUUCGCCUGCAGCAGGUUUGAUCUUUGCUCUCGCCAUGUUGUUCUCAGGUCAGUCUGCUGGUGUCAUCUGUACAGUUGCAGGUCAAAUUGUUUCUGAGGGUUUCCUGGAAUGGUCUCUACCUCCUUGGGCAACCAGAUUAUGUACAAGAAUGAUUGCAAUUAUUCCUUGUUUGUUUGUUACUAUAACAUUGGGUGAAAGGGGUAUAUCUGAUAUUUUAAACUUAUCACAAGUUGUCUUAUCAUUAAUAUUACCUAUCGUGUCUGCACCACUAAUUUAUUUCACAACUAAUAAGAAAUUAAUGACAGUAGAAGACGAACGUUCAAUUCCCGAAUCUCACAAUGAAGAGUCAACUGAAAAUACCCCAUUAAAUAAUACAAAUGCUAGCAAAGUUGAUUUUAGUAAUGGUUCACUUUUAACAUAUUCGUCAGUAUUGGUAUGGGCCUUAAUUGGUAGUUUGAAUACCUAUUUAAUUGUUUCUUUCCUUCUAGGCGCUGACGUCCAUUUUUAA